AUGGCUGCAAUGAGCAUGUCCGGCCUGGGCCACGGGCUCGGCGGGUCCGUAGGCGCGUCGCUGGCGUCGCUGGGAGUGUCGGGGAGUCAUGGCGACCCGGCGGCAGCGGCGGCGGCGGGCGCGGGGAUGGCGGGAUUGGCGGGGAUGGCGGGUGUGGCGGGGAUGGGGGGAAUGGGGGGAAUGGCGGGGAUGGCGGGGAUCACGGGGAUGACGGGGAUGGCGGGGAUGACGGCUAUGGCGGGGAUGGCGGGGAUGGCGGGGACUAGUGCGUGGAUGCAUCACGGCAUGCAUCCGCCGGGAGCCGUUUCGCUUGCUGCCAGAGGCGGCGGAGCGGCGAGCAUGGGAGCAAUGGCGGAAGGGCUGAUGGCGGGGGUGUCGCAAAUGGGCGGCGGCACCAGUGCGGCGGGCGCCAUGUGGAUGGCGCAAGCCCAGCGACAGCAGUCGACGGGGAACGCCAGCGAGCAGAGAGUUCGAGCGACUCCGGAUUUCGCGGAGGUGUACCGGUUCAUAGGGCUCGUGUUUGACCCGUCCACGUCGGGCCAUCUCGCGCACCUCAAGGCCAUGGCGCCCAUCGACCGCGAAACCGUCCUCCUGCUCAUGCGAAACCUCUCCAUGAACCUCGCCAACCCCGAGUUUCAGCAGCAUGUAAGUCCUGUCCUCCUACUUGAUUCUGUUCCCCUUUGCCAUUCCACGAACCUCACGAGCCCCGAAUAG